GGGAUUUACGAGGCUCCGUGAACAUCUCACAAUGCUUACGGAACCACGUUAGCAUCAUGGCACCAGCCGGCAUCCUCCCGGUAACUGUUCCUUACUUUCUGUGACCAUUUGCCGUGGACAGAAAGCUCCAGUUUUUCUUCAGCCGGGUCUCAGGAGUCCAGUUUUCAUGGCUUUGAAGCUGAUCCAGAGACGGCCGCUGCUCGGGCAGUUGGUGAUUCAGCGUUACCCUCCUGCUGGACCUGUCUGCCCCACCAGGUUCCUGAGUACCAGCCCUGCAGGUCAGCCCUCAUGUGUUGCAUGCCUGUGCACUUCAGCCAGUCGCUGCAUCCAAAAACAGGGUUGCCGGAAGCUUCAGCCGGACUGCAGAGUAAGGAGCCUGGCCACCAUCGUCAGGGAGCCGUCCUUCGUCGCCAGCAGCUCUGUUGGACUCCACAGAGACUCAGUUCCCAGGUUGCAUCUGACCCAGCUGCACCGACCCACUGCCAUAGAGGAGCAGGCUUUCCUGCAGCGUUUGGGGUGCUGCUCCUCUGCCCGGCAGGUCUUCAAACUGCUGCGCACAGUGGAGAUCAUGUCUGACACCAUGGCGGCAGCAGCUCUUCACCGUGUGGCCGACCUGGAGCAGGAGGGUAACUCCCUGAAGGAUCCAUCCGUGCUGGAGAAUGACACCAUCAGGGCCCUGUGCUCCCAGCUGGAGGAGGACUCUGGACGGCUGACGGACGCCGGGCUGGUGUCAGCUCUGCUGGCCUGCACACGCCUCUUCUUGGAUCCUUGGAGUACACUGAUGGUGCGGCUGGUGUCUGAGAGCCAGGAGAGGCUUGACCGGGGGCAGAUGAGUGUGGGGCAGCUGUGCAUUCUGGGCCAGGCGAUGCUGGCCAUGGAGGGUCAUAGCAGUGUGAUGCUAGAGGAGGUGAUGGAGCAAAUCCAGAAGCAGGAGCCCGCCCAGUGGAGCCUAGCAGAUCUCGUCGCUGUUUAUAGACUUCUGCAGGGUGGUGUGGGUAAAGACGGAAAAUAUAGAGACCUGUUGAACGCCAUGCACACUCACGCUGUGACCGUCACCUUCCGUAUGGAUCCUGCUGCUGUCAGCGGGCUUCUCAGUGCUCUCGUGACCCUGAAUCAGACCCAGGCCAUGCCUCUCGUGAUCAGUCUGUGUAAGCAGGCUGUACGGCAUAUACCUCGCUUCACUGACGAGGAGCUCAGCCUUGUGCUCGGCGCACUAAUGCACUUUGGUCACAGUGAUCAUUACUUUGUGGAGGCGAUGGAGAGGUACGUACCCACAAUGGCCUUCACCUCCCACCCAGAGACAGUAACCAAGGUGAUGCAGUUCUUCGGCCGGAGGAACAUCCUGUCCCCGGCGGUGUUCGACGUCGUCGCGGAGAGCUUUGUUUACCGAGCAGAUGACUACAGCACCAGCCAGGUGGCCAGGCAGAUCAUGUCUUUCGGGAAGCUGGGCUACCUUCCGCCCAACGCCGGCGACGUGUUCAGGAAAGUUGAAACCAUCCUGCGCACACGCUUCUCACACUUCCAGCCUCGUACGCUGCUCAGCCUGCUCCACUCCUGCAUCCUGGUGGAGAGGUUCCCUGUUAACUUUGUUUCCAAAGUUUUUAGCAGUUACUUCCUCCAGCAACUGCAAGAGGAAGGCACUAAAAUGGACCGGAUCGUUCUGGCACAGCUGACUCAGCUCUACAUGACGCUGAAGUUAGAAUGUCCUUUCUAUGAGGGUCCCAGACUUCUUCCCAAGUACCGCGUCAAGUCUUUCCUCAUGUCUGGACAUUCUCUGGAGACACCGGUGGACACACAUCUGUACCACUCAGUGAAAACCGGACUAGUGGAUUUGCUUGGGGCACGUUCAUACUUUGGAUCCAAAGUUCUGACACCAUACUGCUACACACUAGAUGUGGAGAUAAAGCUCGACGAAGAGGGAUACGUGUUGCCUGCCAGUCAUGAUGAUGAUGUUUUCAAGAGGAUAGCUCUUUGUAUUGAUGGACCCAAGAGGUUCUCUACAAACAAGAGGCAGCUACUUGGUAAAGAGGCCAUCAAACAGCGACAUCUGAGGCUUCUGGGAUAUGAAGUUGUGCAGAUCCCGUUCUAUGAAAUGGAAAAACUGCGAAACAAGACCAGUGUGGUGGAAUAUCUGCACCAAAAAAUCUUCCCUCACAGUUACAGACUGAGCUGGUGAUGAUAAAAAAUAAUGUGUACACUGAGGAUCUGACAUCAGGGGCCGUUAUUUCUCUUGAGCUUUUUCUAGCUUAAAGAUAUCAUUAUUAUUUAUUUUUACUAAAGAUGCCAUUGCCUAAAUAAUGUUUAAUUUAUUGAUUAUGCAAUUCCACAUGUUUAACUUCACAAUAAAGUAUCUUUUGUAUAAAUGA